AUGGAUAGGACAGGCCCAGAGUACCGCCUCCCCUUGAGCAGAACCCAUUUCCUUCGCUCUCGUGGAGAUACUGGCCACACCGUUACGCCCGAACGAACGUCCAUCACCAAAGCACGACAUACUCGUGACGCUGGCGGCCGGUCCACAACUCAAGCACCCAAGAACAGGGAGAGCAUGGCCAAAGACCCGACAGCGGGCUCGAUUCUUGCUGACAAUUUCUAUGGCAAGACCUUCCACGCAAGCCUUGAGCAUUAUCGAGAAACAGUCCACGGGCAAGUCCAUCGCGAUCUCGAAGACGUUCAAAAAGACUUGACAGCGGGCGUGGAAGACCUUACCAAAAAGUUUGAAGAUCACUUGAGACGCCUUACUUCCAUUGAGGAGCCUCUACAGAGGCCAUUUGACGCAGAGAUCUUGAAAGUACAGCGAAGCCCCAACCCUGAGAAUGUAGGACAUAGUGUGGCAGAGGAAGUUCUACUCCUCGAUCGCAUCGAAGAGUUUCGAAAAUGCCGCGUAGAGAAGGAGGCGACGCUGUGCAAACUUUGGGAAGAGUGGGAAGACGUGCAGUUUCAGCUCAUCACUUUAGCAGCAGACGUUUAUGGUCAAGACUCCAUUAGCUUUGCUCAAACUCGAGAUGAAGAUUUGAAGCCAGGCCAGAAGGAAAGGCUGCAAAAAGCGCUCAAUCAUGUCCAUGGUGCUCAUGGAAAUACAGCAUCCGACGAGUACGCAUUGCUAGAAGAGGGUCUGAAAGGGUGUGAAGCGAAUAUGGCCGAAAUCACCUCCAAAACGAAGAAUUUAAUGACAGAGCUGCAACAGCAAUAUAAUAUCCAGAAGAACAAGCUCUUCAAGAGCCUUACCCUGCACAUCGAAAUGCUGGCCGCGCUCUGA